GGCGAUUGCAGGCAGCAGGGGAAUGAGGGUCAGCGCCUGCAGCCGAGGGCGAUGGCUGCUGUGGUCUGGAUCAUCGCGCUGCUGCAGCUGGGCGGCGGCAUCCAGAUCGCAGCCGCACGGCCGACCGCCGGCACUCGCGGCUGCAAUGGUGAGCACGCAGCACGGAGAGCCGGAUGCAAUGCAGGCCAGCUGCAGCUAGCGACUGGGUGUAUCAGCCAGCACUGUCGCGUCCGUCGUAGAAGGCACACAGCUGCUCGGCUCACGGCGCUCGGCAGACGCUGGCCGCCGACGGCAGCUGCUGAUGUGGCGCAAGCAUCCUUGGACGAUGGUCGCACGCCGUGCACGGCUACACAUGCUGCCGGUGCCGUCAUGCGUGCCUGAGCUUUUCUGUCUGCUGAGACUCAGGCAACCGCCGUACGCACUGAUGCUGCCUGCUGCGCGAUGCGCUUCGCUGCUUCGCUCUUCGCCAAGGGCUGGCAAGGCGACACCCGUACGGCGUGUCCGGUCUAAGUAUGCUCCAACUGCGGACAGUCUGCGAUGCUGUGCGGCCGCCGGACGGAUGUCCAUUUCGCUCUGCCACACGGCCGCCGCCCCGCAGCUUGCACGCGCAUCUUGGGCAUGGUAUGGCCCGGCAGCAGGCGACUUGGAGGUCCUUUCACGACACGCUAGCCGCCCGUGGCCAGACGGAUCGCGUUCAAUUACCGCCAUGCUUGGUCGCCAGCGACUGCUCGUACCGUCGGCGCACCGCGUCCUUGCUGUUGUAGCCUGGCCCAGUCGACGCGCCCCCCUGCGCCCAGGCAGCGCCCAUCGCCGCGGCUCCGAUCUCCUCGGCGUCGCGCAGGCGCACACUGCCGAGUCCGGCGCGCCCCUCGAUGCCCCGUGCGAUCACCUCGGGGGCCGAGGAGGCGGGUGCCGACGAGGCAGCGACGGCUGUCGACCCAGCAUCUGUCGCGCCGCCCUGCUGCAUCAUAGCAAACAUGCGGAAGCCUCGGUUGUUGGCGUCGAGCGGCACUGCCCGGGCAGGCUCGGCCUGAGGCAGCGCCGACUGCGCCGCACCGCCCGGAGUCGAUCGUGCCGCCGGCCUGGAUGGCUCGGCCCGUGGUGAUGCGCUUCGCCGGCGGUUCCAGCGCUUCGGUCCUGGCUCGCGCGGGUGCUUGGCGCGGCGCUCAGCGGCGCGGUCGAUGUACGCCGGCUUGCCCUGCGUAUCUUCAGCCCCGUCGCCGGCGUCCGCAGGCUUGGCGUCGUCGUCUGUG